CUCGAAGUGCGCAGACUGUGAGAAAAAUGAUUGGUGUUGCGAUAUUCCUAGUGCUUCUUGUCGUUUAUCUGUUGAAGAUCGACUUUUUCCAACGAUGUGUGAGAUUCAAGAAGAUCAUUGACUUCUCCUAUAAGUUUCCUGGACCACCGAUCUUGGAAUUGGCCCAGAAAGCCCACAAAGAAAAGGUUCUGCCAUGGCUAAUGGAUUGUCGUCGAAAGUAUGGACCACGGUUCGUUAUUUGGUUCGGAAAGGAUCUCGUGGUUUUUCUAACUCAGCCUGAGGACAUCAAAAUUGUCCUCUCGAGUCAAGAGAUUAUCAGCAAGUCGGGCAAUUACAAGGUCGUGAUGCCUUGGCUGGGCGAGGGGCUGCUGACGAGCACUGGCAGCAAGUGGCAGAAGAACCGCAAACUUCUCACUCCGGCUUUCCACUUCAAUAUUCUCAAGCAGUUUCAAGUGGUCAUGGACGACUGCUCUGAUAUUCUCAUAAAGAAGUUGAGCAAAGUGGCGACUGACAAACCGGUGGACAUUUAUCCCUUUAUCACUCUCUACGCUCUGGACGUGAUCUGCGAGACCGCUAUGGGAAUCAAGAAGAACGCCCAGGAGAAUAGUGAGUCAGAGUAUGUGAUGGCAGUGAAGAAAAUUUGCGAACUCACACAUCGGCGUUCUUUCUCCAUGGUACUGAGGAUUCCCUUUUUCUUCAAUCUCUCGUCCUACAAGAAGGCGCAAGACAAGACUCUCAAGAUCCUCCACGAUGAAACGAGAAGAGUGAUCAAGUUGAGAAGAAAGGCUCUUGAGAAUCUCAAUAUCAACACUUCGGAGGUUCUAAGCGAGGCCAGUUCGAUGCUGGGCGUUAAGAAGAGACUCGCCUUCCUGGACAUGUUGCUGAUUGCCCAGCGAGAGGGCAAGGAUUUGUCGGAUGAGCACAUUCGCCAGGAAGUGGACACUUUCAUGUUUGAAGGACACGAUACAACGAGCAGUGCUAUUGCGUUCACCAUUUACUUGCUUUCGCAUUAUCCGAAAGAGCAGGAGAUCGCCUAUCAGGAAGCUAGGGAUUACGAAGGGCAGGAACUGGAGACUAUGAAGUAUUUAGAAGCGGUGAUCAAGGAGACCUUGAGAAUCUAUCCUUCGGUGCCCUUCUACUCUCGAUGGGUGGAGAAAGAGGUGAAAGUGGGCGAUGUCGUGGCGCCACCCGGAGUCACUUUGUCUGUUCAAACGUACAUUCUCCAUCACGAUCCUGAGAUCUUCCCAGAACCGAAUGUCUUCAAGCCCGAACGCUUCCUUGACAGCGAGAAUAUGCAUCCUUACGCAUAUGUGCCGUUCAGCGCUGGUCCCAGGAAUUGCAUUGGACAGAAGUUCGCGAUGUUGGAAAUGAAGAAAACUUUGGCAAAACUCUUGAGACACUUCGAAUUCCUACCCGUUGACGCGAAACCAAUUCUCUUGGCUGAAUUGAUCCUCAAGAGCGACAAUGGAGUUCAAGUGCGACUAAAGAAGAGAAGUUAAGGGAACUUGUCAUAAGGCAACGAAGAAACAACAGAGGAAACUUAUAACUAGCACUGGAUUGAAGUUGUAAAAGAACUCUUUUUUUCAACAUCACAAAGCAAAA